AUGAUCUUUAAUUCCAAAUAUCCCGAUGUAAAAGUUCCUCAAGUCGGAAUUUAUCAAUAUGUGACUAGUAAUCCAAAUAAAAUUCCAGAUGAUAAGGUUAUUUACGUGGAUGCGAUUACUGGUAAAAGUUAUACUUUUGGUGAAUUUAAACAUGAAUCGAAAAAAUUUGCUGCAGGAUUACAAGAUAAAUUGGAGUUUAAACGUGGAGACGUUUUGGCGAUAUUUUCACCUAAUCAGCUUGAUUAUCCUAUUGUACUCUUGGGAGCGAUUGCAGCUGGAGGCACAGUAACGACGGCUAAUCCAAAGUUCGAAACAGCUGAUUUAUCUAAUCAGUUAACCGAUUCAGGUGCAUCUGUUUUUAUCGUGCAUCCAGAAUGUCUUGAAGUUGCUAUCGAAGCUUCAAUCAACGCAAAAAUCCCUGCCUCCAGAGUAUUAUUAUUUGGUGAUGAAGAAAUGAAAGGAUAUAAACCUUAUCGUUCUAUUUUAAUCAGUGAUCGUGAAAUUGAACCGGUUUCUUAUACUCCUGAAGAAGCAAAAUCAACGACUGCUUAUUUACUUUAUAGUUCUGGAACAACCGGAAAGCCAAAAGGUAUCGAACUUACUCACACAAACUUGGCUGUUAAUUUGGCUCAAUUAAUGAAAGUAGAAAGUAAAGUUGGACCACAUAGUGUUAUUACAGGAGUUACACAAUUUUGCCACGGUUAUGCAUUAAUUGGUGUUAUUCACGCGACCUUAAUUCGUGGUGCUACUGCAAUUGUUCAUUCAGGCUUAAAUGUGGAAACCUUAUGUGAAUCAAUUCAAAAAUUUAGGAUUAAUCAUAUUUAUGGCGUUCCUCCAGUUAUUCAUAAACUUGUUAAUGAUCCACUGGCUCAACAAUUUGAUUUGUCAAGUGUGGAUACGAUUGUGUGUGGAGCAUCUCCAUUAAGUGAUAAAUUUGCGAAAAAGUUUUAUGAAAUGUUUAGAAUACCAGUUUUACAAAUUUAUGGUCUUACUGAAGCGAGUUUGGUACUACGUCAGCCUGAUACAAUGGAGAAUGUAGCUCCAGGUUCAAUUGGAAUUCUUUGUUCAAAUAUAAAAGCUAAAUUAUUAUCAGAAAAUGGCCGUGGGUAUAAUGAACCCGGAGAAUUAUGGAUUCACGGUCCAAAUAUUAUGAAGGGUUAUCUUAAUAAUAAAAAAGCUACAAAUGCUGUUUUUGAUAAAGAUGGAUUUUUUAACACAGGAGAUAUUGUAUCUAUUGACGAACAAGGGAACUUCAUUCUUGCUGGCCGAAAAAAAGAGUUAAUUAAAUUCAGAGAUUUUCAUGUGAUACCUUUUGAACUGGAAUCGAUUCUGCUCAAACAUGAUGCUGUAUCAGGUGCAGUAGUUAUAGGUUAUUAUUCUGAAGAAGAGGCAACCGAAAUUCCUAUAGCAUAUGUCACAAUUAAAAAUGGUCAUGAGCAAUCUCAAACUUUAGCGAAGAAAAUUCAAUCUUUUGUGGAUGAAAAGGUCGCAUCGUAUAAAAGAUUAAGAGGUGGUGUAUUGUUUAUUGAUAGAAUUCCACAAAAUGAGUUUGGUAAAAUUCAAAGAGGAGAAUUGAGAGAGAAAUUAAAGAAUGAUAUAAAUAUUGAUAGAAGAAAUUAG